AUGGCAUGGCAGUUUUUAAAACGUUUAACGCAAUCGGAUAGCAUUUUACAAUCACUUCGACCGUUAGCAUAUAUAUCCCUAAUCGGUUUGGCACCAUUUCGCUUGAGUGUUAGUAAGGAAGUGCGCACUUCUGCCUUUUCACUUGCUGCUGGCAUUUUGCACUUCCUCUUUUAUGUGCUGUGUUUUUUUCUAUCGCUAUGCGAAGGAGACUCCAUCAUUAGCUACUUCUUCCAGACUAGCGUAACGCGUUUGGGCGAUGCAACACUCUCUUUAAGUGGCAUAAUAGCAAUGUUGAUGAUUUUUAGCUCAAUUUUCUUUAAGCGUAAUUUACUGCUCACAAUCAUACAAAACUGUUUAGUGGUUGAUGAUAUAUUUUUGCGUUUGGGGCUGAAGCUCGAUUAUCGCAAAAUACUGAUGUACUCAUUUGUUACUUCGUUAGGAUUAUUGCUGUUCAACUUUGUUUAUUUAUUGGUCAGUUAUAUGUUAUUGCGCUCGGCAGAGAUAUGGCCAUCAUUUGUAGUUUUUACCACGUUUGCCUUGCCACAUUUAAAUAUCAGCAUUAUGGUUUUUAAGUUUCUAUGUACCACACAUCUGACACGUACGCGUUUUAGAAUGAUGAAUGAGGUACAUAACUGUUUUAUAUAAACACACUUUAUCUCUACAUAUAUUUAACAUAUUAAAUUUAUAUAUCUAUUAACCUUAAAG